AAAUUUCCACUAAGAUUUUUGAGAAAAUAUAUUAUAAUAACUACUAGCAGCACAUGGUUCAGUGUGGACUUUCCGAUUGAGAGUUGCAGAUGAAUACGUCUUUUCUUUAGCAAAAGGGCUAAGUUAGCCGCAUGAAAGCAGGCCCAUGUGGCUUAUGAGUAUUUCGCCUCAUUUUGAACUGCUAUCCACCCGUACCAAAUCUGUACUGUGCUUUAACUGAAACACCACUGCACAAUCCAGCACUGACGGUUAAACACAGCUCUGUCCACCAUGACCAACUCAUCUGAUUUCCGAGAGUGGGGUAAAGAGAUGGUAGACUACAUUGCUGAUUACAUGGAUGGUGUAUCUGAGAGACCACCGUUAUCUAAAGUAAAGCCUGGAUACCUGAGGAGUUUGAUUCCUGACGAGGCACCACAGUACCCGGAUAAGUGGCAGGAUGUUAUGCAAGACAUUGAGCGAGUCAUCAUGCCAGGGGUAACUCACUGGCAUUCACCGCACUUCCACGCCUACUUUGCCGCCGGUAAUUCGUAUGCUGCAAUACUGGCUGAUAUGUUAUCGGACGCCAUUGGAUGUAUCGGAUUCAGCUGGAUCAGCAGUCCAGCUUGCACAGAACUGGAGACUGUAACACUAGACUGGCUAGGAAAGAUGCUUCAACUCCCCGAAUCAUUCCUUACAUGUACUGAAGGCAGCAAGGGUGGAGGAGUGAUUCAGGGAACAGCGAGUGAGAGUACAGCUAUGGCUUUACUUUCAGCUAAGAUGAAGACAAUAAAUAAGCAGCGUGAACUGGACCCAGACAGAGACCAAUAUGAAAUCAUGUCAAAGCUCGUCGCGUAUACAUCAGAAUACGCCCAUUGUUCAGUAGAGAGAGCGUCAUUGAUCAGCUCAGUCAGAAUGCGAAAACUUCAAACAGAUGCUAAGUUUGCGGUACGAGGGGACACACUGGCACAGGCUAUCAAAGAAGACAAGGCAAAUGGACUCAUUCCUGCAUUCGUUUGUGUAAAUCUUGGCACUACUACAUCGUGUGCCUUCGACAAUCUGACAGAAAUUGGUGCAAUAUGUGAACGUGAGAACAUCUGGUUACAUGUAGACGCUGCGUAUGCCGGGACGUCGUUUAUAUGCCCAGAGUUCCGGCCUUUGGCAGAUGGACUGGAGUUUGCUGACUCUUUCAACUUCAAUCCACACAAGUGGAUGUUAGUCAACUUCGACUGUUCAGCGAUGUGGGUUCGCAAUCAGAUUGAUUUAGUGAGUGCUUUACAAGUAGAUGCAACGUACCUAAAGCACGAACAUCAAGAUGUAGUGGUAGAUUACAGGCACUGGCAUAUCCCUUUGGGAAGGAGGUUCCGGUCUCUCAAGUUGUGGUUUGUCCUACGGCUGUUUGGUGUGACUAAACUCCAGGAGCACGUGAGGAAGCAAGUGAGCUUGGCUCGUGAGUUUGAGUCUUUUGUCAGGCAAGAUGACCGAUUUGAAAUCGUUGCAGACGUAGUGCUUGGGUUGGUGUGCUUCCGGCUUAAGGGGUCCGACACACUCAAUGAAGAGCUACUUGACAGGGUCACAAAGACCGGAAAAAUCUUCAUGGUUGGAAGUCACCUCAAUCAGCAAUUCAUCAUUCGAUUUGCUGUAUGUGCGGCCCAAACUAAGUCAGAAGAUAUACUAUAUGCCUGGAAUGCAAUCAAGGAGGAGGUAGAUGGGCUGCAAGUUAACAAUAACAAAUAAGGAAAGAAUAGGAAUGUUCAACUAUAAGCCCUCAUAUUCCCCUGGACCCCACACCUCCACUAUCCCCUGUGCUUGUUCCUAAUGACACAGUUCAGUGAGCACACACUCCCCGCCCUUAGUCCCCUACCUAGGCCCACACCCUCACUAUCCACUGUGCUUGUUCCUAAAGACACAGUUCAGUGAGCACACACCCCCCACACACUUCCCGCCCCUAGUCCCCUAGGCCCCACACCCUCACUAUCCCCUGUGCUUGUUCCCACUGACACAGUUCAGCGAGCACACACUCCCCACACACUCCCCGCCCUCAUUCUCAUAGACCCCACACCCUCACUAUGCCAUGUGCUUGUUCCUAAUGACACAGUUCAGUGAGCACACACUCCCCACACACUUCCCGCCCCUAGUCCCCUAGGCCCCACACCCUCACUAUCCCCUGUGCUUGCUCAUAAUGACACAGUUCAGUGAGCACACACUCCCCACACACUCCCCGCCCUCAUUCUCCUAGGCCCAACACCCUCACUAUGCCAUGUGCUUGUUCCUAAUGACACAGUUCAGUGAGCACACACUCCCCACACACUCCCCGCCCUUAGUUCCCUAGACCCCACACCCUCACUAUCCCUUGUGCUUGUUCCUACUGACACAAGUUCAGUGACGCACACUCCCCACACACUCCCCGUCCUUAGUCCCCUAGGCCCCACACCCUCACUAUCCCCUGUGCUUGCUCAUAAUGACACAGUUCAGUGAGCACACACUCCCCACACACUCCCCGCCUUUAGUCCCCUAGGCCCAAACACCCUCACCAUCCCAUGUGCUUGUUCCUACUGACACAGUUCAGUGAGCAUACACUCCCCACACACUCCCCGCCCUCAUUCCCCUAGGCCCCACACCCUCACUAUCCCAUAUGCUUGUUCCUAAUGACACAGUUCAGCGAGCACACACUCCCCACGCAUAAAAAUGUAUUUGGUAACGAGUAAUGGAGAGCUGUUGAUGGUUUAAAACUUUGCGAUAAAAGGCUCCCUCU